AUGAAUGAAGAGCUGGAAGUUUUUGAUCGUUACGACUUAAUGCUACGCAUAAGGAUCGCUGAUGCGAUAUCACUAUUUGAUGAUGUACGGGAGAAUUUUCGACUACUAAUUGGAAAUUAUGGUGAACAAUUGACCACACUGGAAAGGAAUGUGUUUGCAGUCUUCUAUAAAGGUUUGGUGGAUAAAUUUCGCAAAGAAUAUAAAUUAUACAUUGAUCUACAAGAACAAAUACCACGACAAGAAAUUCUUAAGCAACGUAUUUUACGUGACAACAUGUAUCGAGCACGAUAUGAAGUGGUUACCAUUUGUAAGGAAGUGAUUGAAAUGAUUGAUAAUGGUAUAUUGGGUACGAAAAAUGUUGAACUGAGAAUUUACUUUUUGAAACUUCGUGCUGAUUAUUAUCGAUACUGGUCAACUACUGUAAGUAACGAUCAAUUUUAUGGCUUUCAUAUUCUUGCCGAGGAAAGCUAUGAAUUGGCGCUUGAAUUAGCAACGAAAAAGCUCAAAAGAUAUGAUCCUUUACGUUUAGGUGUGAUGCUCAAUAUGUCUAUACAUUAUUAUCGGAUGCCUUAUGAUCGUAUUAAAGCCUUACAGUUAUCAAUGCAAGCAGUGACUGAAGGCAAGGAUCAUGUUAAUCAAGAUCCGGAUAUUCGUGCAGUGGUGAAUUUAUUGCAAGAUAAUUUAGAUCUUUGGAAGUCGGUUCUUGGUCCUCGGGAAGUGCGUGAAUUAGAGAUGCUGGAAGGAGCAAGAAAGUGGCAUGGUAAGAAAGCAGCGGUGCCGUCCUCACAUUUACUGCGUUAUCUAUCAGGUGAACCAACCCCGAAAUUUGAACCUCCAAUAAUACCAUACAAACCAUAUUUCACUAUGCCUCAAUCACUCAAACAUUAUUGUUAUCAUCCUGAUGCUCCGAAAUAUGAUGCUGCUGUUAUAUAUGAACAAAUUUUCAAACCUAAAACGUUUUCUUCGGCUAAAUCCGAAAGCGCUACUGCUGAAUCAGACAUUAGCACAGCUAAAUUAGAAAUCACUCAAACGGAGUCACUAAUUACUGCGUCUAUAACAACCGCUUCAUCUACUGUUUUGUCAGGAACACGAUUACAGAUGACUACAGUCGAACAAGAUCCAAACCCCACAAACGCACCCGAACGUAGACUCCCUACAAUUUCAUUCUACCGUGAACCACAAGAAGAGCAUACAUCGCACGAAGAGCACGUCUCAGAACAAGACCCUUUUGAAGGAAUAUUCCAACCGCUCCUUCUGAGUUCCUGGUCCUCAUCCACACCAUCCUCGUCCACUACAUUAUCACAACAGCCAGAUGAAGAUAACGAUGAUAAUGGCAACGUCGAACAGAGAGAAUAUCGUUCAUCGAUAUUACAGAUUACUGAACCACGUGAUAUUCCACGUGCAAAUGAGCCUAUAUCAACAACAGUAGAACCUAUCAGUGAAGUGACAAGACGACUUCAUAGUUUCGAAUCCAGAAUGUUCGCCAUACGGAACAGACUUGCCAUUGGACUGGAACAGCCAGAAGCAGAACAAGAAUCAGAAGAUGAAGAUGACCAGCCAGAUGAAAGGAACGAUUCAGCUGCUAAUGAGGAAUCUCUCAACAUUAUGGCUUCAAUCUCACCAUCUGGCAUCUCAGAAAACAUCAUAGCAAGAGAAGUUUCAGCUCCUUCAUACACUCAAAAACCAAGUGAAAUUGGUGCUGUUGGAAAAUUACAACAGCAGCCUCAGAAUAUAUCCGUUGGUCAUAUUGGUGACAAUCGCAGUGCUGGAUUGCAACAGCACUACACAGCUCCCUCUACUGCUUCUUAUCAUCAAAUUAAUCUCUCCGUUCAACAGCAAGAUCAAAGCAGUUCGAAGAGUGAGCAAAUAAAACCUUCUAGGACAUUUGGACGUCUUGUAUUUUCAGAACCUAAACCACCAACACCACCACUAACUUCUAGAACAUAUGAACGCCUUGUAUUUCCAAAACCUAAAUCACCAACAUCACCACCACUAGUUGUUUUCACACCGUACGGUCCAAAGAUUGUCAACUAUACCCCAAUUCCAGGGCUUGAAGGAGCUGCUGCAGCAGUGUCACCUUCUUCAUCAGUUAAAAAAAAAAGAGUAACUUUCAGUAAUGAAUACACCUAUUGGCCCCCUAAAUCAACAACAAGGGUAGAAACUUGCACACAAUUUCCGAGGCAAAGAUCAAGACAGAGAUCAAAUCGUCCACCUCCACCUCCUUUAAGGUUGACACCACCUGAACAGUCACCUGAAAGAGAACAACAGGUGCCUUGUUCGUCACGAAAUCGCAGUAGUCAACAAAUCGCCGCAACAUCGCAAUAUGAUAUAACUCAUCAAAUCCUUUUUAAUCCGCAACAAUUUUGUGGGCAAAAGCAGGCAUUAAAACGUCGUCGACGAAAGUUAGCACAACGAAAAUUACUUCGGCGCUCUUUUUCAGCUCCUCGUGAAGGUGCUACAUGGCCAAAAUCUUCAUUAGUACGAGAACCUCCAUAUUUCAUUUACAACGUUUUACGUCAAGCUUCUGCACCAAGUGGAGAAGCCUUCGGUAGACGGUUUCUUUCAGCACAUUCAAGUGCUGAGGAUCUGUAUGAUGAAGCUGCUGAAAAAGCCUUUCCUGAUCCAUGGGCUCCAAGAGGAGAAAGAACGAUGCAAAAUAGCUUUCCUAUUAUACCGUGGUAUCCAAAAGAGAAACCUCGUGUUCCAUGGAUUCGAUUUCACUGGCCUCAUAGAAGAAGAAUCAAUGAAUGA